UAAUAUCAUGUAGUGUGUGCUACUUUAUACUAUUUGAAUUCAAAUACAAAUAUGCUAAAAGUGACACGUGUUUAUAAUCUCUAAACGCUAUACUACUUAAUUUUUUUUAGUUUCAUUUCAUAAUCAAGAAUAAAUAUUUAUUCAGUUAUACAUCGUGUCUCUAUUUUAAUGUGUAAACAAAAUACCCAAUGAGUUUGUUAUGAACUAGAGUUUUAAACUCAAUGCCAAACCAAAAAUAGUUAAGUGUCAAAAAUGUUUGCCGGAUCGACCUUUUUGUAUCUCAUCGGCAUCUUUUAUUCGGCGAGAUUAACGCUGCAAGCUUCAUCGCCAACAUCGAAUUAUUACAUUGGUGCCGUAGUCGAGUAUCAUCCCGUUACUAAGGGUGAUAAUGGCACUGCCAUUGCUAAUGAAAAUGCUAAAAAUUUUAUGACAUUUUUAAAGACAGCAAGUGAAAAUGAAGUUGAUAUAAUUGUUUUUCCGGAAAAUGCACUUUUUAGUGGUAAAUCAUAUCCAAUUGAUGAACGAAGUAGUUAUUUACCACACAGUACAUAUUUACCUCAUCCUAAAGAAUCUAAAGUACCAUGUCAUGACACAUCAUCAAAUGUUAUGGAGGCUGUGAAGGCCAUGUCUUGUGCGGCAAAACGUCAUGCUAUGUACAUUGUAAUAAAUGUACGUGAAAAGGAAAAGUGUAGCGGUGAAAAUUGCUCCAAGGACGGUCACAAUCUAUACAAUACCAAUAUAGUGUUCGAUAGAACCGGUGCUGUAAUAGCUAAGUACAGAAAAUGGAAUUUGUUUGGCGAACUCAGUAUGAAUAGAACAUCUAAGCCGGAUAUAUCAACUUUCCGCACUGAUUUUGACGUUAAUUUCGGCCAAUUUAUAUGCUUCGAUAUACUCUUUGGUACACCAGCGGUAAAACUUGUUCGUGAUAAGAAAGUAACUGAUGUCAUUUUUUCAAGCCAUUGGUUUUCUGAGUUGCCAUUUUUAACGGCGAAUCAAAUUCAAACUGGAUGGUCAUUUGCUCAUAAUGUUAACUUUCUUGGCUCUGGUUACAAUGAGCCGUCAACUGGUAGCGGUGGUACCGGUAUCUAUGCUGGGAGAGAUGGUCACUUUGCACGUGUCUGGAGUGAAAAAUCAGCAAAUGCACUUAUCGUUGCCAAAAUACCUAAAAUAAUAAAUGGCCAACGAACACAGCCAAUUAAUCCUAAUGACGCGAUGGUAUUUUUCUACUCAAUAACAGAAAUUCCUACUAUUAAUCAACAAGAGUCUGUACCACAACAACAUCUUAAAACUGAUGAUCUUUCACCCUACACUACUGAGCUUUUUCAACCUACUAAUGGAACACACAAUUUAACUCUUUGUAAUAAUGAUUUGUGCUGUAAUUUUACCACCGAGACUGUACAUCAUGACAAUUUGGUCAAAGGUGCUGCUAAAUAUUACAGAUAUCGCUUUGCUGUGUUCAAUGGCGUAAGAUCAUUUUCAAACUUCGCUACCGGGGGUAUUGAAGUUUGCAGUGUAAUUUCAUGCCUCGAUGACAAUCCAACAAGUUGUAAUCAGCGAUUUGACACCAAUACUAUUAUUGUUCAUCCGACGACAUUUAAUUCAAUUGUCAUUUCAAGUUUCGCCAAAGAUUCUACAAAUAUAACACGUUUUCCAUUGAGUAUAAAUACCGAACUUCAUCCGCUAAAUGUCACCGACUUUACAUUUGUCAGUAGCAAAAUAAAUGCAACUCACGUUAAUUUAAAAUAUACUUUGACGAAACCUCGUAAAGAUUUAAUGACUUUUGCUAUUUACGGAAGAAAUUUAACAGCCGACGGUUUGCCUAAAACUACGUCAGCUUCAUCUAAAAUAAUUACACCGUUUUAUUUAUUGUUUAUUACUUUUAUUAUUUUAGCCGUAGGCAAUAACAACAUAAAUUCGUUAUUAAGUUUUGUGUAAAAUAAUAUAUUAUAAAUAAUUUAAAAAUCAAAUUUUAAAAUAGAAAUCCUGCCCAAAUAAUUCCCAAAAUAAUUAUUAAAUAAUUAAAGGGAUAAAAUUUAUUAAAAUAUAAAAUAGCUUGAUAAUUUAAAUAAAUAUGUUAUCGUACACAGAAAAAAAAUUUUUUUUUGGCGCGAAAAAGUUUUACUCAACUCUAUCAAUUGAAAAUAAAAAUUUUUCUUGAAAAAAUUUACUAGAAGGAAAAAAAAAUUUUUUGUUUUCAAUUCAUGAUGCAAAAUUUUUCUUGCGUCAAGAAAUUCUUUAUUUUUGUGUACGGUUAAUUGUUUCAGUUGAUAUGAAACAAUAAUUGUUUCAUUUGCCACUAAAUUUCUUAAGUAUUUGAGUUAUUAUUGUUGUAUUACUUGAUAUGACUGUACUGUAAACUGUAAAAUUUUUCGUCUAUUUUUUCUCAUAGUAUUCAAAGUACACACAGCUAUAGCUUCGCUCUGUUUUAGACUACACGUUAAUCCCAUGGAUAGUUUAUAAAAAUAUGAAAAAUACCGUAAUGCAUUAUAGGGAAAAAAAAGUGCUUUAUAGAGUUUUAAAAAGCUCUCAGGCUUGUAAGUCAGUUCAAUAGGACCAGAGGAUUUAAUGAGUAAGAUAAUCGUCCCAUGUCAUUAAUGCUCUAUUAAAAAAAAAAAAAGUAAAAUAAAAAAAUCAAAUCAAGUCACUAAUGCAAAAAAGUAAAGGAACAGAAAAAUUUUAGAAAUACUUUUGUGACUUGGAAAUUUUAGUUUUUUUUUUUUUACCUUACAUUUGAAAAAAAUAAAAUUUCCAAAACGUCAAAAAAUUUUACUUCUUUUUUUUUCUGUUCAAUUUUUUUUUUUUUUUACAUUUACUGAGUAACUGAUGCAAAAAUGGAAGAAAAAAUAAUUUCCAAAAAAAUAAAAAAAAAAUUUUUGAACAAAUUUAAAAAAAGGAUUCUUUUUUUUUACAUAUUUUGAAAAGUUUUAUUUAUUUAUUUAUUUAUUUUUUUUUUUUAUAUUUAUUGAGUAAUUAGUGCAAAAAUAUAAAAAACAUCAAAAGAAAAAAAAAGAUGAAAGGGUCGCGAUAAUCGAAGCUAAUAGGAUCUCGCGCUAUUUCGUAUGAUUGCGCGAUAACCGUAACUCUAAAAAAAUCGAUUAAAAAAUAUCGAAACUAGAGAUUUUAAACUUAAAAAUCUCGAUAUGAUUAUUUUUUACCAAGAUACAGCCUUUAAAAAAUAACAAAAAUAUUUCGAAAAUUUUUCUGUUCCUUUAAUUUUUUGUAUUAGUGUAUAUUUAUUAAUAUUAAUAUUAUACUUAAGAUAUAUUUUUAUUAUUGAUGUAUAUUUUAGUAAAUCAAAAUAAUUCAUGUUAAU